AACGAGACAGAGAUGUAGAGGCAGACAAAGAGAUACCAUGAAGUUGCCUUCCACCUACUCUUUCUCUCUUUUAGCUUUAUUCUUCUUCCACUGCUCUGUCUGCUCCCAUGUCCCACCUCCUCCCCCUCUCUAUCUCCUUCACCUUUCAUGAUCAUCUAUUCCUUCUCUCUCCUCCUCCUCCUCCUCCUUCUUCCCCAAUUAUCUGAUCUCUCUCUCUCUCUCUCUCUCUCUCUCUCUCUCUCCAUGCAUAUCCUAUAGCUAUCUAUACUACAUCUACUGUGCUCUCAUUUUCCAAAACCCUAAUAUGGCUAACAUAUCAACCCUCUUCAACAAGUUCCUCUCUCUCCUCAUCCUCAUCCUCCACCUCGGCUGUUUCUCUUCCACCGCCACUGCCAACCACCCAAAAAAGCCUCAUCACCGCCGUAAACUCUCCACUCACCUCUCCAAACCCAGCACCCUAAAACCCCAAAAAGCCCUCUCCACCUCCUGGUCCUAUCUCAAACGCAUUUUCACCUCCAAAUCCUACAAAAUCACCUGCACCAACAUCAUCCAAUCCCACCUCUCCACGCCACCUCGAUCCUCCCACCACUCCAUCGUCUCCCUCGUCCUACCUGACUCCGACCCCAAAUACCUACCUGGGUCGCUCCCCGAAUCAGAUAUCUCGGCCGAUUCCCACCAAUUGUUCCCUCUCCGAAACGAUAUCUUCCCCUGCACCGCCUGCGGGGAAAUCUUCCCGAAACCCGAGACUCUCGAUCACCACCAGGCGAUCCACCACGCCGUUUCGGAACUUCAUGACGGAGACUCGGGCAAAAACAUUGUCCGAAUCAUAUUCAAAACAGGUUGGACCGAUACGCGAAAAGCCCCCGAAAUUCACCGGAUCCUGAAGAUCCACAACAGCGGAAAAAUCCUGUCGAGGUUCGAGGAGUACAGAGAGCUGGUCAAGUCCAAGGCGGCGCGAAACGGCACCGUUCGGAGGAGGGAUGAGCGGUGCAUCGCCGACGGCAACGAGCUUCUCAGAUUUCACUGCUCAACUUUCGUUUGCGAUUUGGGACUCAACGGGAAUUCUGGGAUUUGUAAUCACGAGUACUGCAGUGUUUGUGGAAUUAUUAAAUCUGGAUUCUCACCCAAGUUGGACGGAAUUUCCACGCUGUCGAGUAGCUCCAGAGCACACGUGGCAAUUCCAGAGGAUAUCGAGGAGGAGUUUCAGUUCAUGAACGUGAAGCGGGCUAUGCUGGUCUGCCGGGUCGUGGCGGGUCGGGUCGGGUGUGACACUGAGGAGGAUAUUGACGACGUGGACAAAGAGGGCGGCGGAUUCGACUCGGUUGUCGGCAGAGAAGGCAGCGGGGUCCACACGAGGGUGGACGAGGAGGAGCUUUUGGUGUUUAAUCCAAGAGCCGUUCUUCCUUGCUUUGUGAUCGUAUAUACCGUGUAACGGUGUGAUAAUUUAAGCGCUCGAUGCAUGAAAUCUAAACUUGUAUUAGUCCUUAUUUUUAAGCAAGGAUUGUGAAUAUAUUUUGGUCAUGUGUGGUGUUGAUAUUGUUUGAUUCACCACAGGUUUUUUCCUAGCCUGUGACUAUAAACAUGUCACGGCUGCCAUCAUCAUGAUUUUGAUUUCUUUUUAUUAAUUUUGGUAUGUGGAUAUAUUUUUAUUCUUGCUAUAA